AUGGCAGUGGUGGUCGCUCCGAAUGGCCGGGGUGCUGAUGUGGACCAGCCCCGACUUCCCCCACCAGUGCCGAGGGACGAUUGGAAGUCUGUAAGACAUGGCAAAGUGCAGUGGACCAAAGAGCAAGUGGCAGCGCUUGCGCAGUCGAUGCUGGACAACAUCCCCGGACGCGCCAAGUCCCUAAUCGUGAGCCACAACUCGAUGGCUGGAUCACACAUGUUGGUUCUGACCGACCCUGACGGACCAACCCGUCCAACCUUUAAGGACAUUGCCGUCAACUUCGUCUGGCUUAAGCCUUUUGUCGAGGCAUUUCCAGACAGGGUGCCGAGUGGGUUUCUGAUUUGCGAUGUCGUUCUCAUGUUGAACGAAUUCCUGAUGGACAAGCUUCUGUUGCCUGACGACCCGAAUACCCCGUUGACCAGAGAAGAUCAGGUUGAGAUGGCCAAAGAAGAGACCACUAGGAUGAAAAAGCUUUUGGGAGCCCUGAGGUAUCUAUGGCGCAAUGGACCAGGGUCGCAUGACCAGCGCGUCGCAGACUUGAAGGCAAUCCUCGUGCCAAGUCCAAGCUCCAUUGCCCGCAAAGCUGCAGCGGAGAAGGCAAAGGAGGAAGCUGGCAGUGAUGAUGAAACUUCAGCCCCCGAUGGUUCUGGAGAGGAGGAUGAGCCUGAUUCCCAGUCAGAGUCAGAGGAAGUUGGAAGUCCCCGAUCCGCGGAUUCCAAGGGCUCUAGCGUCGUUUUCUCAUGCGAUGAGUCAACCUAUGUGCCUGGUGAAGAUGGUGCCAUGGCCAUGGAGCAUGAACAGGACUUGUCGUCUUGCAGCGACAUCAGCCCGGAGGACAAAGACAUGGAUUCUGAUUCCGAUACUUUGGAGCUCCCAGGAAAGGACCCCAUCUCAGUUCAGAUUCGCAAGCGUCGUCGCAUGAAAAGCAUGGACGAUGACAAGGUGAAGGCUCGUGGGGCAAAGAAAGGAGCUGCCAAGGCAGCAUCGAAGAAGAAGCCGUCCAAGGGCAAGAAGAAGGCGUCCUUCCGUCGAGGUGGAAAGAAGCAGCCAAAGGUGGCCAAUGGAUUGGGUUGCCCAGAGGAGUACCGUGGCUAUGACCUGAAGGAACUGCCCAUGUCUGCCCGGCCGCAGCCAAACCGAAAACACCGUGGCUUGCACUCCUACACCGUGAGCACGGCUGUGCGGGAUGCCAAAUCUAAUGAGGUGUGCGAAGUUCUUGUCGAUGUGUUGCUGCAGAAAAAGGCAUACUAUAUUAAGAAAUGCCCCCCAUCGGGAAAGACUGGUAAUGUAUCUUGGAACAAGAUUGGCAAUGCAAAGCAUGCCUGGGCCGUGGCCAUGGACAGAGCACGUUGCGGAAACGUGUUGUGA